AUGAAGUUGGCCUUGAUCUUCCUGUCCAUUUUUGUGGCCAUUUCUCAUCAGCAAUAUUUCCAUCCGCGGAUGAUGUUCGGGUUCCCUUGGAUGUCACCGUUUGCUCAACAACCCGUAGCCGAAAAUGAUUAUAACGAGGAGAUGUACCCAGACCUAAUAGGAUACAGCAGUCGCAAUGGCAUCGAUCAAGAAGAAAGAUUUGCAGAUACUCAGUCAAGGAUCAAAGUCUACGGCAAAAACUUCAACGGAUUGAGCCGCUACCGUCUCAAUCCCUCAAUUAAUGAUCAGCAGAACGCGCGAUUUUUUUUUAACUGGGCCAACACGGGAAACAACGGCCUCUUUUCAAUCUUCAACAGCAUUCCUCUUUUCAAAACAGCGACGUUUACCUCGACGCAAACUUUGACCCUCAUCUCGGUCGUGUCUUGUGUUCCGGGUGAUCAAGUAAUUGACGCGCCUCCUGCUUGUCGUCGCAAGCGAGAAGAUUUCCGUGAAAAUCCGGAAUCAGACAGUCAAUUUGAAAUCCAUCCUUCAGAAACUAUUAAAGUCAUUACAACAGCCACAGCUUCUGAUUCCUUGGCAAAUGAUCAAAGCUUGGAUCUUGUUUUGUCGUCUAAAGACGAUAUCACUCAAAGUGAAAUGGGUAUAGGUCCAGACGACAAGAAUAAGAGAGGGAAACGAUUUUUCAUCAACAGAAACCAAUUUAUUGUCACUUCAGUCGUUACCACAUACGCGUUUGUGAAUCAGACUAUUACGGCAACUGUUAAUCUGUUGAGCCCACCACCAGCAGCAGGUGCUGCAAAUCCUUGUGAUCCCACCGUUGCCGGUGCAUUUUGUGUACCCUGUCUACCGACUGGCUUCAUUGUCUGUCCUGCCGCUGCUGGCUAAAUCGGAAAAUGGAGACUUAAUUUCAUAGUGAAUGUAUUGAAGGAAAUGUAUUAAAUUCACGACUGGGGUGCGUUUUAUGAAAACAUAAACUUUUAAGUUGAGGCGCAUGUUGAUAUUAGAACACAUUAUGGCAGUCUACACCAUUUAUGCAGCACUAUCCUAUUAUAAGUUGCUGAAUUUUGUAGAGUUCUUAUUUGAUUAAAGUAAUUUCAAUUUAAUUUUCA